AUUGCUUCACCCGGAAGUGGUGGUUCUGUCCUGUAUCUAUGCAGUGAUUUCUGAGGAGACGGCUUCUCUUACUGCGCCCAGGGUCUGGGACCGGCAUAGUCCCCAGUGUCAGAUGCCCAGGCUGUGAACCGUCUGCAGGAUAACAGAUUAUCAGGGACCAGGACCUCACAGUGACCUUGAGGAGGGGGCCCCACUGACAUAAGUCCAGGAUGACUUAUCUCCCCCUGACGAUGCCACCUGACCGUGGGGGCGGGCCCCUCUUCCGUCUGAAGUUCACUACGUUUGCGGUGGGCACGGUCUGUCUGCCGCUCUGCGGUUUUAUCUUCUGCAUCGUUUGGUCGCUGAUUUUCGACUUUGAAAAGACGACGGCCACGCACUGCGGGGUUCCUAAUUACCUGCCGUCCAUCAGCGCGGCCAUCGGAGAAGUGACCCCGCAGAGGUUGGUCUGGCGGUUCUGUAUUGGCCUCCACUCUGCCCCCCGCCUGCUCGUAGCGGUGGCGUACCUCAACUUCUACCUGGGAGGAGGCGGCUCGUACUGGAGAAGUCACAUCAACUUCCUGCUCAAUGUAUUUGAGAUCCUGUGUCUUCUCCUGCUGACCUACGUGUCCUCCAACGAGCACCAUGGGAUCCAUCAGCUGGCUUUUAUCUUCUUCAUGUUCUUCUCCCUUGGAUACAUGUUCAUAACCAUCAGGAUAUGGAGGAUAUCGAGGAAAUACUCUGUAAGUGCCGAGGAACGCCGCUCAUACACCUGGAAGAAGUGGCUCUUCAUCUUCAACCUGACGGCGUUCCUGGUCUCCCUUCUGUUCUAUUAUCGCCACAAUCUGCGCUGUGAACCUGGAGUUUACACCGUCUUUUCGUUCUUCGAGUACUUGGUCGUCUUGUCUAACAUGGGCUUUCACAUGACGGCUUGGUGGGACUUUGGCAGUAAGGAACUUCUCGUCUGCUCACUGGAGGAGGACAAGACAAUCUGAUAGCCGUGCCUUCACCGUCCUAUGUUUGUGGCGGUGGAGUCUGGGGGGUGAACUGUCACAGCGCAGUCACAUCGUGGUCAUGACAGACCUGGAAUGGUCACUUACUGUCUUUAGUGAGAUCUGCAGAACGCUCUCCACUCUCAGGAGCCGCUCCCUGCACUCCUAGACACUCAGUGUGGGAGGUGUACUAAAAUUUUGUGUGGAAUUUGACCGCCCUCUAGUGGAGAGUAUAUACCUGCAGACUGUGUGAUGUUACCACACCGCCCUCUAGUGGAGAGUAUAUACCUGCAGACUACGUGAUGAUACCACACCGCCCUCUAGUGGAGAGUAUACACCUGCAGACUGCAUGAUGUUACCACACCGCCCUCUAGUGGAGAGUAUAUACCUGCAGACUGCAUGAUGUUACCACACCGCCCUCUAGUGGAGAGUAUACACCUGCAGACUGCAUGAUGUUACCACACUGCCCUCUAGUGGAGAGUAUAUACCUGCAGACUGCAUGAUGUUACCACACCGCCCUCUAGUGGAGAGUAUAUACCUGCAGACUACGUGAUGAUACCACACCGCCCUCUAGUGGAGAGUAUAUACCUGCAGACUGCGUGAUGUUACCACACCGCCCUCUAGUGGAGAGUAUAUACCUGCAGACUGCAUGAUGUUACCACACCGCCCUCUAGUGGAGAG